UUAUGAUUGGAGGUGGACGCGCAGCAGAGAGCUCAUCAUGGCACCGAUGGGACUAAAAGCUAUCGUUGGAGAAAAGAUCAUGAACAAUGUCAUCAAGAAGGCAAGAGAGAAAGGAAAAUGGAAGGUGCUGGUGGUGGACAAGCUGAGUAUGAGGAUGAUCUCCUCCUGCUGUAAGAUGACAGACAUCAUGUCCGAGGGCAUCACCAUUGUAGAAGACAUCAACAAAAAGCGUGAGCCCCUGCCGAGCAUGGAGGCCAUUUACCUGAUCACUCCUUCAGAUGAGUCUGUCGAGGGUCUGAUCGAUGACUUCAGGGACCCACAAAAUCCAAGAUACAGAGGAGCUCACGUCUUCUUCACUGACACGAUCCCUGACAUGCUGUUUGGGCUCCUGACCAAAUCUCGCGCCUCCAAAGCGAUGAAGGCCUUGACUGAGAUCCACAUCGCCUUUCUGCCCUAUGAAUCUCAGGUCUUCUCCCUGGACAAAGUGGAUGCCUUUCAGGACUUCUACAGCCCGUUUAAGGCUGACGUGAAGAACAACAUGCUGGAGCGCUGUGCUGAGCAGAUCGCCACCCUCUGUGCCACUCUCAAAGAGUAUCCUGGAGUCAGAUACAGAGCGGAGUACAAAGACUGUGCAGUGCUGGCUCAGAUGCUUCAGGAGAAGCUGGACGGAUACAAAGCUGACGACCCGACCAUGGGAGAGGGUCCAGACAAGUCUCGCACUCAGCUGGUCAUCCUGGAUCGAGGCUUUGACUGCCUUUCGCCCGUCCUGCACGAGCUCACGCUGCAGGCCAUGUCCUACGACCUGCUGGGCAUCGAGAAUGACGUCUACAGUUUUGAGACCAGCGGGAUGGGGGAGACGAGAACGAAGGAGGUGGUGUUGGACGAGGAUGAUGACCUGUGGCUGACUCUGAGACACAAACACAUCGCUGAGGUGUCAACCGCUGUGACUCGCUCUCUGAAAGAGUUCUCCGCCGACAAAAAGAUGAACACGGGAGAAAAGACCACCAUGAAGGAGCUGUCUCAGAUGCUGAAGAAGAUGCCUCAGUACCAGAAAGAGCUCAGCAAGUACUCCACCCACCUCCACCUGGCUGAAGACUGUAUGAACCGCUACCAGGGCACUGUGGACAAACUGUGUCGCGUGGAACAGGAUCUGGCGAUGGGGAUGGAUGCAGAGGGAGAGAAGAUCAAAGAUCCCAUGAGGCUUAUUGUUCCCAUUCUGCUGGACGCCAACGUCACCGUGUCUGACAAGAUCCGCAUCAUCCUGCUCUACAUCUUCAUGAAGAAUGGUGUGACUGAGGAAAACCUGUGCAAGCUUCUUCAGCAUGCAAACAUCCCACCAGAGGACAGUGACAUCAUUUCCAACAUGGCCCACUUGGGCGUCCCCAUUGUCUCUGAGGGCACCACCAUCAAAAAACCCAAGAAGCCCGAUCGUAAGGAGCGAAUCAGCGAGCAGACCUACCAGCUGUCCAGGUGGACUCCACUCGUCAAGGAUCUCAUCGAGGACGCCAUUGAGGACAAACUUGACCCUAAGCAGUACCCUUACAUUUCUCAGCGUCAAGUUUCGGCAAAAGCCAGCGCUCCAUCCAGUGCACGCUACGGUAACUGGCACAAGAACCGGGGCCCCACAGAGAUGAAGACGGGGCCCAGGAUCAUCGUCUUCAUCAUCGGCGGGCUGACGUACAGCGAGAUGCGCUGCGUGUACGAGGUCACUCAGGCCAAUGGCAAGUGGGAGGCUCUGAUCGGUUCUACCCACAUCCUCACUCCCCCUAAGUACCUGAAGGAACUCCAGCACCCAGACUUCCUGGACCCCAACACCCCAGCAGAGGGCACUGAGGAGCCGCCUGCAGAGUGAAAAGACAUCUUGAGAAUCAGCAGACAUCUUCGCCCCCUCUCGCCUUCUGAAAGACAUGGAGAAAGAAGACCAGACUUAUCCCCACCCCAUCCUCUCCACCUCCCCUGACUUAACGUACAUCACAUACACUUUAUGUUUUAUAUGAUUCAGUUGUUUUAAACUCAAAGAGCAGACGUCAAAUCACAUCUUCAUGUGUGGAUGUCGAUCACAGUUCAGUGGAGGAGAUUGAUUAUUCUGUUGAAUACUGUUUACUGUAUAUUGUGAGAUGUUUCUGAUGUUGGAGGAGUAAUGUGUGUGAGUUAGUUUAUAUGACUGGAUGAGAUUAAGGACAAAUUAAAACAGAUUAUACUAUGACAGUUAUUCCACUCUGUUCCAGCCACCACAGACCAAACUGAUGUCUUCAUGUAAACUCGUGGACUUCACUCUAUCUGUGUUUUCAUCUCUAGUGUGUUUUCUCCCGUACACCACUCUCUCUGCUUUAUUUUCUAUUUCCUCUGAGCAUGCUGGUUUUAAUGUUGUGCUCUUCAUUCAGUAGCUACCACACCAUGCUGUACAAAUCAUCAGAUUGACAGUGAUGUGUCUGACCCUGGAAUAAAUGCCAACAUAAAGCCUCUCUGAUGGUGUAUUUAUAGCCGUAGAUCAAACGUGUCACAGAAUAAUACCCAGUGUAGUUGGAUUGUCUCUCGUGCUUUGUCUCAGUUGUUUUUUGCAGUGUUUCUUUCCUCCUGUAGAGACUCAGUUUACCUCUGGUUGAUCACCGUGUCGUUGUUGCUUUUUGUUGUAUUGUGAUUCUCUGUUACUAGUGUAUACUGUGUGUAAAGAGAGACCAAUUUAAAGACAAGUCUGUGCUUUUAUGUCCACAUGAACAAUACUCGCUGCAGGAUGGGUGUUAUGCUAAUAAAGUGGCUUCAAUAAAA